UUGAGAUAAACAGAGAAAGAAGAAAACUAAUGGCAACAACAGCAGCGGCAGCAAAUCUUGCCUGCUUCCCUCAACCUUGGAAGGUUAAUCAUCUCAGAGCCCAUCGAAGAGUAAUUACAUGGGAAAGAAAACCCAAAUCUCCAUCACUAACUGCAACUUCAACUGCAUGCCAUUGCUCUCUUUCUCAGACUUUCCCUCUUUUCCAAGCAGCCAAACACACUAUUGAUACCUACGUCAAAAGUGGAAUGGUUAUUGGACUGGGGUCCGGUCAAGCUUCUGCCUUGGCCAUUGAGUAUUUGGGUUUCCAAAUUCGUGCAGGUGCUUUCGAAUCCGUACUGGGUAUACCAACGUCUAUAGUGAGUGCCAGUGAGGCAGCAAAGGCCGGAAUUCCAUUAGGAGAGCUUGAAAACAGUCCUCAAAUUGAUUUUGCAUUUGAUGAUGUUGACAUGAUAGAGGAAAGGACACUAAUCUCUGUCAUCGGACGCAAGAGAUUGCAAGGUGAGGAGUCCAUAAUCCAAGAGAAGUUGGUACUAAGCAUGGCUGAUCAUCUUGUAUUCAUGGUUACUGAAAAUCAGUAUAAAUGUGGCCUAGAGGGAUCUAUUCCAGUUGUAGUUGAACCAUUGAAUUGGCUGCAAACUGCCGAAGAGAUUGAGGACCUAUUUUUAGGUGAUGCAGAGGUAUGGAGGAGACCAUCUAUGGGACAAGCAGAUCCGCUUGGGGGAGACUUUCCAUUAGUCACCAAAGAAGGUCAUAACAUUAUCGAUGUCAUCUUUACAUCUCCAAUAGCCAGUCUUGCUGAAGUUGCUGAAAGCCUCGAAAAUGUCGACGGUGUCGUAGGCCAUGGAGUCGUCUCUAAAUUCCCUUGCAGAGCAAUUGUUGCAUCUGAAAGUGGAUUGUCAAUUGUUGAUAACAUUACAACAAAUGCAGUUGGGGGAAUUUAAUCAGUUGUUCCAUUGCAGCAGGUUCUCUUCUUCGGCAUAGCUCUA